ACCACACUUUUUUUCUGACACAAAACCUCAACUGAGUUGAUCAACCAUGGAGAAGAUCGAACACACGACCGUACCCACAAACGGUAUCAACAUGCACGUAGCCUCAAUCGGGUCGGGCCCACCAAUCCUCUUCCUCCACGGCUUCCCGGAGCUCUGGUACUCGUGGCGCCACCAGCUCCUCUCCCUUUCGGCGUUGGGAUACCGCUGCAUAGCCCCGGACCUCCGCGGCUUCGGCGACACCGACGCGCCGCCCGACGCGUCGUCGUACACGGCCAUGCACAUAGUCGGGGACCUGAUCGGGCUGCUUGACCAUCUGGGUAUCGAGCAAGUGUUUCUGGUGGCGCAUGACUGGGGUGCUGUGAUUGCGUGGUGGUUCUGUUUGUUUAGGCCUGAUAGGGUUAAGUGCUUGGUCAACAUGAGCGUCGCUUUCAAUCCCAGAAACCCCAAGAGGAAGCCUGUUGAUGGGUUCAAGGCCUUGUUUGGGGAUGAUUACUACAUUUGCAGGUUUCAGGAACCUGGAGAGGCCGAAGCAUAUUUUGGUGGUCUUGAUACUGCCUCAGUAAUGAAAAUGUUUCUUACCGGUCGCAAUCCAGCACCUCCUAAAAUAUCUAAAGAACUUGGAUUUGCAAGUUGGAAACCUGUAGAACCCAUGCCCGCUUGGCUCUCGGAAGAAGACGUUAACUAUUUUGCCACUAAAUUCAGCAAGACAGGAUUCACGGGUGGCUUGAACUAUUAUCGAGCUAUAAACUUAACCUGGGAGCUUACGGCACCAUGGACUGGGGUACAAAUCAAAGUACCAGUUAAAUUCAUUGUGGGCGAUCUGGACAUCACCUAUAAUAUACCAGGUAUCAAAGAAUAUAUUCAUAAUGGUGGCUUCAAGAGUCAAGUGCCAUUUUUGCAAGAGGUUAUUAUAGUUGAAGGAGCAGCUCAUUUUAUUAACCAAGAGAAGGCAGAGGAAUGCAGUGCUCAUAUAUAUGAUUUCAUCAAGAAAUUCUGAUUUUCAUACCCGGACUAGAUUCAAGAUUUCUAGCUGCACUUGGUGUAUUAGACUUGUUUGAGUCCUCUAAAUGUAACACUGGUUCUGUAAUUGUACUCUGUUUUGUUUUGUUGUGUAAUAAUAAACAUCAGAACUUGUUCCAUCUAUUCAAUCUUACUACUUAAAUUC